AUGCAAGAGAAACCUCUGUCGAAGAGAGGGGUGUUGGCUAAUAUAAGCUCAAUUUAUGACCCGCUUGGAUUAGCAGCGCCGUUCUUGUUGAAGGGUAGAAAAAUUAUGCAAAAUCUUUGCAAAGAAAAUACAUCAUGGGACGAAGAGAUCUCUGAACCCCUUCGAAGCGCUUGGGAAAGAUGGCGAUUAGAUAUCGUCCUUCUUGAAAAACUGGAAGUUAACCGAUGCGUCAAGCCACUUCAUUUCAAAGAGAUCGAGUCAACGUCCCUCCAUCAUUUUUCAGACGCAUCCAAUGAAAGUUACGGAACUGCUACGUAUCUUCGCGUCAGAGAUGUAGAAGGAAACGUCAACUGCUGCUUACUCCUUGGAAAAUUGAGAGUAGCUCCAAUAAAGAUGGUUUCAAUACCAAGGUUGGAGUUGACAGCAGCAACUGUGGCCGUAAAGGUCGGAGUAAUGUUGAAGCAAGAAAUGCCUGUCGUAGACUACGAAUGUUAUUGGACAGACAGCAACGUAGUACUGGGUUAUAUUAAUAACGAAUCAAGACGUUUUCAUAUUUUUGUGGCAAAUAGAAUUCAACAAUUUCAAGAAAACACUUCGUUGGAUCAAUGGAAUCACGUUCCUUCCCAUAAAAACCCAGCCGAUGAUGCCUCGAGAGGCAUAAGUUUGAAACAUGUAGAGAAGAGUAGUAGAUGGUUCAAGGGACCUCAGUUUCUCUGGGAAGAAAGGGAAGCAUGGCCAGCUGCCUACGAUCCAGCGAAAAACAGUGUCACUGAUGAUCCCGAAUUUAAACGUAGCGUUUCAGUAUUUGUUUCAGCAACUGAUUCUGGAAUCUUAUGUACAUUCGAGAGAAGAAUUUCCAGGCUACAGAAAUGCAUACGGGUCAUUGCCUUUGUCGGUCGAUUUAUCGACAUUCUGAAGAUGAAAAUAAAAGCCCCAAGUCAUGGGAUGACAAGAAGAAGCCAGAAGGCGAGUCCCUCAGUGCUGUGCGUUGAAGAUCUUCAACGAGCCGAAAAAUGUUUAAUAAAAUUAGUACAACAACAACACUUUGCCUCUGAAAUUAAAGCUCUUGCUUCAAAGGAAUGGAGACAAGAUCGACGAAACGACAAAAUUAAGAAGUCUGCUUUGAAAGAAUGCAGCAAAUUAUACAAAUUGAGUCCUUUCAUUAACGAUGAUGGAAUUCUCAAAGUUGGUGGAAGAUUGUGCAACAUGGAUGAAGCGUAUCAAUUCAAAUAUCCUGCUAUUCUUCGCAAAGAAAGUUGGUUUUCCGAACUUGUGCUCCGAUGGUGCCACGAAAACACUCACCAUUCGGGGAGAGGAAUAACAUUGCAAGAAAUUCGGCAACGUGGAUAUUGGAUCAUACCCAUCAACUCAGCAGUACGACAGUUGAUUCAUCAUUGUGUACGAUGUAGAAUAUUGAGGGGAAGAGCUGGCCAGCAAGUCAUGGCAGAUUUACCCAAAGAUCGAGUAGACGCAUGCCCACCUUUCACAUACUGCGCAGUGGAUCUCUUUGGGCCAUUGGUCAUAAAACCAUAUCGAAAGUUUGUAAAAAGAUAUGGCUGCCUCUUUACCUGUUUGGCGAGCAGAGCCGUCCAUAUUGAAGUUGUCAACACCUUGGAAACUGACUCCUUCAUUCUAGCUUUGCGACGGUUUGUUGCUAGAAGAGGAAACAUUCGAACGAUGAGAAGCGACAACGGCACUAACUUUGUCGGCACCAAGACCGAGUUCAUAAAGGCAUUAAAAUAA